GUCCCCAACGCUAUCCCACUCCAAAAAGCUUCCGUCUAACGUCUCAUCUCAUCCCCUCCUCGAGUGCUAGAUUCUGUCUCCACACCCACUCCACUCACACUCACCCACUGUACCUAGCUGGUCACACACACUUGAGCGCGGCAGAGCAGAGCUUGCUCUCCUAGGAUAGGAACUAGCAAUGCCGACCCUCCGCCGUUACACCGCCGCGCUGGUGCUUCUCGCCAUCAGCACCCGCCUCCUCCUGCUGCCCGCGGUGGCGGCGGCGGCAUUGCCCGACCCGGCGUCGCUCGAGCCGUCACUGCUCUUCCCGUCCACGGGCGCCGCCGCCGCCUCGCAGACGCAGCCACAGACAGCCGCGGGGGACUCCACAAUCCCGGCCUUCCCGGAGCAGUCAGAGGCUGCCGCCUCCACCUCCGUCUGCCAGCUCACCCCGUCCCCUCCGCUCCUCCCCGCCGUCCUCGCGUCCUGCAACGCCAACGCCGGCGGGAGCGGGGGCGUGCUCCCCCCGCGGCUGCGUUGCUGCCCGUCGCUCGCCGCGUGGCUGUACGCCGCCUACGCGCCCACCGCGCUGUCGGGUCGCGGCGCUGGUGGACCGUCGGCGGUGGCCGCGUCGGCGGAGGCCGCCGCCGUUGUGGACAUGCCGGUGCUCCCGGACGACGCGGAGGAGUGCGCAGGCGCGGCGGACCGCGCUCUGCGGGCGGCCGGGGCGGUGCUUCCGCGGCCCCAGCAACGGGGCAGGAGCACCGGCGCUGGCAACGGCACGGCGGCGUGCGACGUGGCGUUCUGCUACUGCGGGGUGAGACUGCGGCGGUCGCUGUGCCCGGCGCCGGAGGGCCGGAUGGCGAGGAGGCUGGAGAGGGACUGCGCUCUGCCGGGCAUCUCCGGCUGCUCCAGGUGCCUCCGGGCGCUCAACAAGCUGAGCGGGAAGAGCAACGCCACGGCGCCGGCGAAGGCGAGGCAGGAGCGGCGCGAGGACUGCCAGGUCAUGGGCCUCACGUGGCUGCUGCAGCGGAACGCCACGCGGCACCGGGAGGCGGCCACGGCGGUGAUCCAGGCGCUCAUGGCGGCCGACGAGGCCGGGGCCGGCCGCCCGGCGGCCACCUGCUCGCUCCCCGCCGGCGACGAGCUGCCCGUGGCCGUGCGCUCCUCGGAGAUCAGCGGCGCCGCGACCGGCGGCGCGUUCCCCGUCGCCAUUGGCCGCCUGCUCCUCGCCGUGCUGGGCGCUUCCCUCGCCUCGGUGUCGCGGUGCUUAUUCUGAAUGGCUCGACAUCGAUCCGUGUCGUUGUCGCAUCGCAUGUCUCUCUUUAAUUUGUUAUCUGCCUACAGUACUUGGUGCUUUGCAGUGUAGUUCAGGGAUGAUUUAGUCUCCGUUGGUUGGACACCGUUGAGCGUUGAUGUAAUUAAUUAUAUGUUUUAUGUUUUGUCAUCACCUGAUUGCGUGGCAUGAUGAAUGCAUCCCUCCGGUUUCAAGAAAGACUUUGUAAUAGAUCGUACGAGGGCCGAGAUGCGGGGUAAAUUGUAAAUUGUACGCUUCU